GCCGCGGCGCCGCCGGAGGUUCCGUGUUGAGAUGGCAGCGGUGAGGAGCGACUCUCUGGAAUAUUUUCCCGAAAACAUUUUAAUCGAUAUUUUAUCUUAUUUAAGUGUGCAGGAGCUCGUGAGGAACUCCAGGGUGUGUCGGCGCUGGCAGCAGCUGGUGAAGGAUCAGAGACUGUGGCGUUGUGUGGAUCUGUCUUCAUUGAAGAGAGUGUCGUCUCGUCUGCUGUGGCUGCUGCUGCGUCAGUAUCUGGGUGUGGGUCUGCGGUAUCUGCGUGUGCGCGGUCUGCUGUUGUCUGCGCGCGGCGGCUCGUUCCUCACACACUCGUGGCUGAAGGCGCUGUGCGGCCGGUGUCCUCGACUGCGCACACUCUCCCUGCUGCAUGCGGACCUGCGCGCUUUACAGAGUUGUCGGGUGCUGCCACCGUUGCUGCACACACUGGAGCUGCACAGCUGUGAGGUGCCACCCGGGUUCUUCAGCGCAGACACCGGCACUGACACACAGAUCACACAGAUCAGCAUCCAGACUCUGGUUCUGAACAGCGUGCCGUCGUUCUCGGACCAGCACCUGCGCAGUGUGUGUGUGUGGCCGCAGCUGAGGCGCCUGGAGCUGCGGGAUCUGCUGCGUGUGACGGUGGCAGGUCUGAAGAGCUGCGUUCCCCCUGACACACACACAAGACAGACGAGCGCCGCUCCCCCUGGCACACACACACUGCGAGCGCUCACACACCUGGAGCUGCAGACGGGUGUGCGUGCGCAGAUGCUGGCGCUGGGGCUGGCGGAGGGCUGGCCGGGGCUGCAAAGGCUCAGUCUUGGCGGGACGGAGGUCAAUCUGGGUCUGCUGGCGCUGGGUCGGCUGCGGGAGCUGCGCUGGCUGCGGCUGCACUCGUGCAGACUCACACACAACAUGCUGCUCAGGAGCUUCAGGUGUGUGCCGCAGCUACGUGUGCUGGAAUUCAGUGAGGUGGAGUUUGUGGAGGACGAGAUCAACACACAGCAGACGAGGGAAGCGGAGCCCGAAGCGGCUCUCAAACACGCUUUACACACACUGCUGCCCUCCUGCACACUGCACUUCACACACUGCACACACACCGUCAAAACUGACUGAACACACACACACACACACAUCUGUGUCAAUGAGUUUGCUGGAGAUUUGUACUGUAAACGCUGUGAAAAUGCCUUUGUGUCCUGUUUCUAGUGCAAAUAUCUACAAAUUCUGAAGUCAGUCAGUAUUUUCUAGACGAGCAGCAGAUAUAGUGCUGUUUUCAGACAUAAUGAGCCAAAAUGAAGAGAGUUUCUCCUUAGAACAAACU